AUGCCUUCUUCCUCACAGCAAAAUAAUUGUCAUAGUAUGCCGGACACCUUCGACGUUGAAAGUAUUCUACAGGGCCUUUCUCUCGCAGAAAAAGUGUCCCUUCUGUCAGGUGCAGACAAUUGGCAUCUGCACGGUAUCGAGCGACUGGGUAUUCCACCAAUCAGAGCGUCAGAUGGACCGAAUGGCAUCCGCGGGACAAAGAUGAUCAAUGGCGAGCCAGCAUCAUGCAUACCCUGCGGAACUGGCCUAGCUUCAACGUGGGAUGUGGAUCUGAUCCGACGAGGAGGCCAGCUGCUGGCCGAAGAAGCAACUUCUAAAGGCAUAUCCGUUAUUCUUGGUCCUACAAUCAAUACACCUCGCUCUCCUCUCGCUGGCAGAGGAUUUGAAUCAUUCAGCGAAGAUCCUGUUCUUGCAGGUCUAAUAUCAGAGGCUUUUGUCAGCGGUGUCCAAUCGAAGGGUGUCGCCGCCACGCUCAAACACUUUGUCUGCAACGAUCAAGAACAUGAAAGAAUGAGUCAGGACUCGCGACUUACUGAGCGAGCUCUCAGAGAGAUUUAUGCCAUGCCUUUUCAGAUAACCCUGCGAUCUGCCAAGCCAUGGGCAUUGAUGACUGGCUAUAACAGAGUCAAUGGAGUCCAUGCAAGUGAAAAUUUCCACUUGCUGCAAGAUAUUCUGCGGGGCGAAUGGGAAUACGAUGGUCUAGUCAUGAGUGAUUGGUCAGUAUUCCAUUUCCUAAAAUAUGAAAAUCCUUUUGACUUUUCUAGGCGUGGAACAUACUCCACCACAGAAGCAAUCAAGGCUGGCUUGGAUUUGGAGAUGCCUGGUCCCUCCUAUCUACGUGGUAAUUUGGUCAACAUAGCGCUCACCUGUGGAAAGCUCACGGUAGAUGAAAUCGACAUUUGUGUUCGACGAGUCCUGGAAUUCAUCCAAAAAUUGACUUCCAAACUCCCAAAAUCCCCGACCGAAACCAGCAUUGAAUCAACUGAGAAAAAUAAAUACCUUCGAGAAGCCGCUUCAGCAGCCAUUGUCCUCUUGAAAAACAACAACAAGGUUCUUCCGUUUCAAAAAGACAAGUCCAUUGCGAUCAUCGGGCCAAAUGCGAAAAUAGCCACGAUUUCUGGCGGUGGCAGUGCCAAUGUCGUGCCAUCCUACACGGUAAAUCCAUUUGAAGGCAUCUCAUCCAAAUCAACAAGCCAAGUCGAAUAUUCCCUGGGCUGUACGGGGUACAACAAAAAUCCACUUAUCACCGACAUUAUGACAGACCUGAAGUUCUUGGUCUACGCCGAAGGGCCCUCAAACACAAUACGUGAAUUGUUGGACAACUUCCCCGUCUCAAGCAGUGACCUUUAUCUCUUCGAUUAUGUACCACCACUUCCAAGCUCUCAUCGGGGGGCUUGGUACGCUUCCAUCAUUGGUUCUUUCAAACCUCCAGCUACAGGAACAUAUUCUUUCAGUCUAAGUGUGGCCGGAACAGCCAAGCUAUUCAUCGAUGACAAGCUUCUGGUCGACGCUUCUAAAGACCAGAUUUCUGGCGGUGGAUUCUUUGGAUACGGCACGACUGAGACGUACGGCACAAUGCUACUCGAAAAAGACGUGGUUUACGCGGUUCGGGUGGAAUUUGGAUCGAUCGCAACCAGUCAGCUUCCAGGUCCAGGAUCGAAUUCUACGGUCGGUGGUGGAAUCAGAAUUGGUUGUGCCUAUGUGGUGGAUCUGGAGGAGGAGAUCAGCAGAGCUGUCGACAUUGCCAGACAGGUUGAUCAGGUUGCCAUUGUAGUGGGACUGAAUGCCGACUGGGAAUCUGAAGGUUAUGACCGAGAGAGUCUUCAACUACCAGGCGCCACCGAUCGGCUGAUACAUGAGGUCGCUUCUGUCAAUCCGAAUACUGCAGUUAUAAUCCAAUCGGGCACUCCAGUUACAAUGGAUUGGGAACACUCAGUACCGGCAAUUAUCCAAGCAUGGUACGGGGGAAACGAGCUAGGCAAUGCCAUUGCUGAUGUCCUCUACGGGGAUGUUAACCCGAGCGGCAAACUGCCCCUGACAUUCCCUCUCAGACUGGAGGACAACCCCGCAUUCCUCAACUAUGGUUCGGAGCGGGGGCGGACCCUGUAUGGAGAGGAUGUUUACGUGGGCUAUCGAUACUACGAAAAGACGCGCACAAGAGUCCUCUUUCCUUUUGGGCACGGACUCUCUUAUACCGAAUACAUCAUCGACAACGCAAGAGUUGAGGUAUCUGAGAUGGAGGAUUCAAUUGUCCUUACUGUCGAUGUACAUAAUGUUGGGGCUCGGAGUGGCGCUCAAGUGGUCCAAGUUUACUUCUCGCAACGGAAUCCAUCGAUCGCCAGGCCUGGAAAAGAACUGAAGGGGUUCAGCAAGGUCGUUCUCGAGAGUGGAAAAAAGAAAAGUGUCGAUGUGCGGAUGAGCUUGAAAUACGCUACCAGUUUUUGGGACGAACGGAAGAAUUCCUGGGUUAUGGAAAAGGAUACAUUUGAUGUUUUGGUCGGAUCAAGCUCCGCGGAUGAUGAGAUGCUGAGUUUAUCCUUUGACUUGUUGCAGGCUCGAUCUUGGAAUGGGCUCUAA